CAAACAGGGAUCAUUGUUGGGGAGCGGCGGCCAUGUUGCGUGCAGCGGCUCGAAGCAGCGUGGGGCAAGCGCUGUGUCGGGGGCUUGCCACCCUGCCAGCAGACCACACUGGGCUGCUGGAGCUGCGGCAGUACACUAUGAAGCCUGAGGGGAUCAAGGAGUUCCUGCGGCUGACCACAGAGACAGUGGAGCUGCGCAAGAGCCUGCUGCCCUUCCUGGGCAUGUUUACCUGCGACACUGGCGGCGUGCUGAACCGGGUGGUGCACUUUUACUGGUAUCGCGAUUUCGACCACCGCGAUACCCAUCGUGCAGCCUCGGGCUCCAACGCCGAGUGGCAGGACGGCUACCUGGCCCACUCGCGACGCUGCCUGUCGCAGCAGGAGAGCAGCAUCUUUGUGCCCACGGCGGGCGUGAUGGCAGCGGCGGGGGCGGCGCCGGUGCAGGACUUUGCGGCGCCGGUGGAGCAGGCGAAAAAGCCGGCGCUGUAUGAGCUGCGGCAAUAUCAGCUCAAGCCUGGCUACGAUGGCGUGCCCAAGCUGGUGGCGGCUUUCCAACAGGGGAUACCCCACAAGGUGGCGGCAGACAAGCAGGGCAGCCUGGUGUUCUUCGGCCACACUGAAGUUGGCAUGCUGAACAGCGUGAUUGAGCUGUGGCGCUACCCGAGCGCCCAGGCGUGCCACGACGCGCGCAAGGCGGCGCGCGGCGUGCCCGAGUGGCGCGACUGCAUCGCGGCGGUGACCCCCGGCGUGGAGCACUUCUCCAGCAGCUUCAUGCAGCCCUGCGCCUUCUCGCCCAUGCAGUGACGGGCCGCGGCAGGCAGUUUUGUAGUGCUGGAAGUGUACUAGCUUUCUCGAUC